UGACGUUUCAGUUGCAUCCAGUUCUUCCUCCCGUUUCUUAAAUCGUUUCCUUUCUUCUGCGGCCUCAAAACUCCUCCUUUUCUUCCCUUAAACCCUAGCGCUGUUCACCGGAUCAUUCGAACCUAGGGAUUUCGAUGCGUUUAUGAUUUCUAUCGGCGAUGGACAAUUCGAUGUUGGGCGGUGGCUUGUUCCCUUCUUCGGUCGCUGGGAAUCUCGAUCUCGAUCCCUACGUGAACCACCACCUCCACUUUCAUCCUGGACUCGACUACGGCGGCCAGAUGUCUUCUCUCUUUGCCCCUUCGUCCGCCGGCGUGGCCACCAGCGACGACGAGGACCAUUUCCACGCCAGCGACGAAAACGGCCACGACCCUCGCUCUCUGCCCGACUCCCGAGGCAAAAAGGUAUCGCCUUGGCAUCGUAUGAAAUGGACUGAUGAAGUCGUGCGGCUGCUCAUCUCGGUGGUGGCGUGCGUCGGCGAUCACGAAGAUGGCGCCGUGGACUCGUUGGCGGCGAGGAAGAAGCACGGGGCCUCCUUCCAGAAGAAGGGCAAGUGGAAGACGGUUUCGAAGCUGAUGCUGGAGAAGGACUGCUAUGUCUCUCCCCAGCAGUGCGAGGACAAGUUCAAUGACCUCAACAAGAGAUACAAGAGGCUGAACGAGAUUCUUGGAUGGGGGACUUCCUGCCAGGUCGUGGAAAAUCUACCCCUGUUGGAUUCCAUGCCCCAUUUAUCUCCAAAAGCCAAGGAUGAUGCGAGGAAGAUCUUGAGCUCGAAGCACCUCUUUUACCAGGAGAUGUGCGCGUAUCACAAUGGGCAGAGGAUACCAAGUUGCCAUGAUGUUGAUUUGCAUGUCAGCCAAGUACCCAAAGUCACUUCUGUAAGGGAUGGUAGAGGUAACGUAGAAGAUGAGGGCGAAGAUGAGGACAAGGAGGAUGACAAUGACGAAGAAAGCGAAGAAAUGGGAAAGUGGGAGGUGGAGAAAUUCCGGCUUGAAAUUGAUGCAGUGCUUCAUGACACAACUAGAUCAUCAUGGGAGCAUAGAGAGUGGUUCAAGAGGCGUGCUUUGAUGCUCAAAGAAGGCAGAAUAGAGAUUGAGGCUGAAGCACUGGAACUAGAGAAGCAACACUUCAAGUGGCAGAGAUUUCGCAGCAAGAAGGACAGGGAGCUUAAAAGACUGAGUCUGGAGAAUGAGAGAUUGAAAUUGGAGAAUGAGCAUAUGAUAUUGCAGGUGAGGAUGGAGCUGGAGCUUGGCUCGGGGAGGCUUGGGGAACCUUUGAGUUCUUCUCAUCUUGUAGCAGAGAGGGAGAAAGUAAGAGACCCAAUGGAACUAGCUAUGCCACAUUAAAGGUACUGCUUCAGUAAUACCAUCUUGUUAGUGUUCGUUGCCUUGUUAAAUCUUCUGUGUUUUCUUCUCUUGUUAGGAAAUUACUUGGUAGUUGUUAUUUCUGUGUUUAUUAUAUUAUUGGUGCAACUUGUU